ACCCAAGGCUGUAUGUUGAAAGUGACAGAGAUGAGAUGUGUGGAUUGCCCUGAUGCACAGAAGGACCUGGAGUCUGAGGGUUGUGACUACACCAUGUCUAGAGGAUGUGGGCCCAAUGUUCUUGGAAAGAACCCCUUGGUGUGUGGAGGUCCUCUGGUGACUGGAGCCACCUUCUAGCCCCGUCUUGGUAAAUUCUCCACUCCCCCUUCACCUCCAAGCGGGGAAGACAGCAGGUUGGCUGUGGAAGGAGGGGGUCUCUUAGGUCCUGCAGGCCUCCAAGGACCUUGCCUCCCUUCCAGAGCCUCUAUUUGGUGCAUUAGAGGACAAGGGGUGCAUAGGAUGUGGCUCCCCAUCUGUCCCCCGCCAGUCUCUGCUGUUCACGCCUCCGCCUGCUCCCAGACAUCCAAGAAUGUGAAGCACGUGGAUGCCCAUAGUGGGGGGAGGGGAAGAGAUGCUUAUCAGGCCGGCUGGUCUAGGGGCUUUCUUCCACAUCCUGCAGGCUGCGGUCCUACACCCAGAGCCACCUUCACCUCCUCAGAAGAGGAAGGGCUGUAUGGAGGGCCUUGCUCCCCUUCCCCAGGGGUCCCUAGGGUUUGUGAGGGGAGUUGCAGAGGAGCGGGCGCCAGCUGGAUUGGGAGGGGAGCACUGGCUCAGGGCCCGGCUGAUUUCCUGCUGAUCUCCUCCAGGAAACCAGCCCCUUGUGUGAGCCUGCAAACGGCUCAGGGGUGUGGGGAAUCCAGAAUGCUCUUUGCACCAGGAUGGGGGAGCAAGGGAGGGGCACCCUGGCAGCAUUGGUGGGAGGGGACGCCUGGCUUCCUGGGCAGGUUCCAGCCCUCCACCGGGCGGGCACUAGAACUUUGAGCUGAGGUGUGGUCCUUCUCUAGCCUGAGCUGCAGGAUGAAGAGAGAUUGUGGGCUGGGGCCUCUUGGGAGAGGUUAUUGGGGGAGGGGGGGCGCCAGGGCAGUCCCUCCCCCUCCCCCUGUAUGUGGGGAGUUAUAGCUAUGUCCUAACUUGUAGAGGCUGGAGUCCCUCAAGCCUUUGCUUUGGUCCUUCUACCUCAGCCCCCUAGGCUUCUGGCUGGAGGCCUGGAGAGGUGGGGAUUGGGCCUCAAGCUCUGAGUUCAAAGGGCAGAACAGGAAACCUCAGAGCCGAGUUACCUGGGUGACAGGUGGGGAUGCGGUAGGGGAGUAGACUGUGUUAUAGCCUGAAAGACAGCCAGCACUAUGGGGUGGGCUGAAAGGAGGCCUUACCCAGCCCAAACUGUAGCCCUUGCCUCAGGUCAUCUCUCCUCUCCUGCCAAAAUAUAAUUUUAAAAAGCACAUUCUUUCAGUUCUAUAAACACCCUCUGGAUUUUGCCUUAGUUCCAAAUUUCAAUGGGUCUUUGCCCCGCUACUCUAUCCCUGGCCUUAGAGCUGUUGCCCCUUAUCCUGGUAUCACUGUGUCUCCCCAUGCCCCAUCUACCUGCCCUCCACGCCACUCUGUACCCCAAAGUGCCUUCAGUCCGUGCUCCCCCUCCACUCUGGUUCAUUUUAGAGGUGGGGCCUUGGGAGAGGCAGGUCCUGGGGCAAAGGGUGGAUAGGAGGGAAGGAGAGGUCAAUGCCUUCUUCCUUUGCUUGUUGGACUGCCCAGCCGGAUUCUAGGCCAUAGUCCCCCAUCCUUACCACACCCCCUUGUCCUUGACAUCCCCCUACCAGUCUGGAUUGUCUAUUGUUACUGCUUUUACGUCUUGGAAAAAGUUAGCACGACAAAGGGCUCCUUUGUCGGCUUGCCCCCCUCUGCCUCCCUGCCUCACCCAGGCCCCUCACUCCCCACACCCCCAGCAGCUGUUCUCUGGCUUCUCAGCCUGUCUGAUUUGCUUGUCUGGCCUGGGGAGAAUGAAGUGGGAAAAAAACACCUUAUGCUGUCUGGCCAGGGCAGUUCGUGUUUGGGGGAGGUCCGUGAAGAGGCUGCUUGACUGUUAGCAGUGUGGACAUUGCUGGUCCCUUUGCUUCAGGCUGAUCUCUGGGCAGGGAAGGAGACAUGGGGCCUCAGCAGUGCUGACCAAGGAAGUGGUGCCUAGGCCCUACUGAGAGCCAGGAAAGCCCUGCCAAGGUUGUUGGCCUGGGUCCCUGUCAUCGGCUGCCUGGUAGCCCUGGUGUGCCUACAGGUGAGGAGGAGAGUGGUAGCAUACCAUCUGUCCCCAGUGCGCCCACACUUACUUCCUCUGUGUCUGGAUGUGGGGGCCAUGUGACCCAUAGCUGUAAGGUGCUUGGGUCAGGAAUAUGCCAGAACCUCACAUGCUGGAGUUGGGGUAGGGUGAAGUAGGAUUCUGAGGUGUGGGAGUGAACAUGGCAAGAACUCUGCAAGAUGCUGUAUGGCUCCUUGGGAAUUUGGGCUUGCCUUGGUCAGAGUUCUUAUCUAGCACCCUACACCCCCAGCUGUGCAGGCUUUGGGCACAGACAGCUCCUGCCCAGCCCAUCCCUAUUCCCUUGGGGUGAUGGGCAUGGAGCCAGGUCCAGGGGAGGUUUUGGGCAAUUGGGGCUCCCCCUGUGGCUGGGUCACCCUCCUGGCUGCCCUCUUGGAACUGAAUAGCAGGGGGGAGGGGAUAGUAACCGGGACAUAGUGUUGAGGCCAGACAGACAGAGCAUUGAUGGGAACAGACCCCCCUUUGUCAUGCUGUCCCCCCUCCAGACGGGUGCCCAGAAUGAUGGACUUAUGGGGCCCUUUAAUGUCCUCUCCUCUUUAUGUUCAGAGGGCCCCCCUACCUAUCCCAGGGAGUUCUUGCCUGCUGUGCCCCAACAUUUGUGACUCUUCUUUACACACCCUGCCUUGGGUCCCUGGCCAGGGGAUUGUUUGGGUGGAGGAGGGGCUGUGGCCGCUGGCAGAAGGGGGAGCGGAAGCAGAGUGGUGGGGGAGUGGCCAGCUUUGAAUAUCCUGUUGACCCCAGUUUCCUCUGCCCCCAGCUUGUGUCCUCUUCCCUCCUCUUCAAGCCUUAACUCCUUAACUUGGGGGAGAAUGGGGCCCGGCAGGGCUUGAGAAUCAGGCUGACUCCCACCCCCAACUCCCCAAGUAUAGCCAUGGCAUGUGUACAAAUCCGAUGCCAUUGAGACCCAGAGCAGCAGUUCUGAAGAGAUAGUGCCCAGCCCACCCUCGCCACCCCCCCUCCCUCGCAUCUACAAGCCUUGCUUUGUCUGUCAAGACAAAUCCUCAGGCUACCACUAUGGGGUCAGCGCCUGUGAGGGUUGCAAGGGCUUCUUCCGCCGCAGCAUCCAGAAGAAUAUGGUGUACACGUGUCACCGGGACAAGAACUGCAUCAUCAACAAAGUGACCCGGAAUCGCUGCCAGUAUUGCCGGCUGCAGAAGUGCUUUGAAGUGGGCAUGUCCAAGGAGUCUGUGAGAAAUGACCGAAACAAGAAGAAGAAGGAGGUGCCCAAGCCCGAAUGCUCUGAGAGCUACACACUGACACCGGAGGUGGGGGAGCUCAUCGAGAAGGUGCGCAAAGCACACCAGGAGACCUUCCCUGCCCUGUGCCAGCUGGGCAAAUACACUACGAACAACAGUUCAGAACAACGUGUCUCUUUGGACAUUGACCUCUGGGACAAGUUCAGUGAACUCUCCACCAAGUGCAUCAUUAAGACUGUGGAGUUUGCCAAGCAACUGCCCGGCUUCACCACCCUCACCAUUGCUGACCAGAUCACCCUCCUCAAGGCUGCCUGCCUGGACAUCCUGAUCCUGCGGAUCUGUACUCGGUACACGCCCGAGCAGGAUACAAUGACCUUCUCGGAUGGGCUGACCCUGAACCGGACCCAGAUGCACAACGCAGGCUUCGGCCCCCUCACCGACCUGGUGUUUGCCUUCGCCAACCAGCUGCUGCCCUUGGAGAUGGACGAUGCUGAGACUGGGCUGCUCAGUGCCAUCUGCCUCAUCUGUGGAGACCGGCAGGACCUGGAGCAGCCUGACAGGGUGGACAUGCUACAGGAACCGCUGCUUGAGGCGCUAAAGGUCUAUGUGCGGAAACGGAGGCCCAGCCGCCCACACAUGUUCCCCAAGAUGCUGAUGAAGAUCACAGACCUGCGGAGCAUCAGCGCUAAGGGGGCUGAGCGGGUGAUCACGCUGAAGAUGGAGAUCCCAGGUUCCAUGCCACCACUCAUCCAGGAAAUGCUGGAGAACUCGGAGGGCCUGGACACUCUGAGCGGACAACCGGGGGGUGGGGGACGGGACGGGGGUGGCCUGGCCCCACCGCCAGGCAGCUGUAGCCCCAGCCUCAGCCCAAGCUCAAACAGAAGCAGCCCGGCCACCCACUCCCCGUGACUGCCUGCGCCACAUGGACACAGCCCUCGCCCCACACCCCGGCUUUUCUCUGCCUUCCUACCGACCAUGCAACCCCUGCCAGCUCUGCCCCCACCUGUCCUCCCAGACAGUAUAGGGGGACCUUUCCUAGGGGAUGGGAGGAAGGAGGCAGUGAUUCCCUGGACUGAGGCCUGGGCCUUCAAUGGACUGCCUGCUCCUAUAGCCUAGGCUGACAUCAGGGGCCAAGGCCGUGAACUGAGUGAGGACCCUGGUCCUGGGCCUCAGGGUUGGGCCUAGGGGCCUGCAUUCAUCAAGAUACCCCUCUGCCCACCUUGCCAUAUCUUCAUCACCAGCAAAUGCCGGGACCUGGCUCCCCGUCCUCAGAACUCACAAGCCAUUGCUCCCCAGCUGGGGAACCUCAGCCUUCCCCCUGCCUUGGUUGGUGACAGAGGGGUGGGCUAGGGGUGGGGGUUCCCCUUGUACAUACCCUCCAUACCAACCCCCAGGUAUUAAUUCUCGCUGGUUUUGUUUUUAUUUUAAUUUUUUUGGUUUUGAUUUUUUUAAUAAGAAUUUUCAUUUUAAGCACAUUUAUACUGAAGGAAUUUGUGCUGUGUAUUGGGGGGGAGCUGGAUCCAGAGCUGGAGGGGGUGGUUCCUGGGGGAGGGGAGUGGCUCAGAGGGGCUCCUGCUCUCCCUCCGUGUCCCUGUACCCCCUUACCCUCCUCAGCCUUUUCCUCCUCAGUUUUCUCUUUAAAACUGUGAAGUACUAACUUUCCAAGGCCUGCCAACCCCUCUCUUGUGCUAGAAGCAACCAGCCCCCCCCCCCCCCAACCACUGGGUGUGGACAGCCCCAGGCAGCCCCUGGAGGGAUGGCUCCAGUCCUUUGCUUAAGGGACAGGGGAGAGUCGAAGCGAGGGGAUGGUCGCAAUACAUGGAGUGUUUCUGCACCCUGUCUGCCUGGCAGAGCUGCCUCCCUAUCAGGGCCCACAUCAUCCAGGCUCCCCAGCUCCCACUGUGAAGGGUCUGGCCUAGGGGCUCUGAGCUGCUCCACCCCCAGCCUCAGCCACCAGCACCCCCAAAGGUCCCCCAGAAACACACACACACACAGGCCAACAUGCACUUGGCCUGAGUUCCUCCAUUUCCCUGGUCUGCCCCCUCCUCCACGUCCCCCACACUGUGCCCCCUUUUUGCCCCGCAGGACGGGCCUACAGGGGUCUCCUCCCCUCACCCUUGCACCCCCAGCUGGGGGAGCUGGCUUUUCUCUAACCUCCUUGACCUGGGGUUGGGGUCUCAGCUCCCUGGAGCCCGCUGGUGCACCUGUUACAGUUGGGCUUUCCACUGAGAUCUACUGGAUAAAGAAUAAAGUUAUAUUUAUUCUA